AUGGAUAAGGUGAGAAGGUCACAUUGAAUGUUUUAGCUGUGGGAUAGGCAACUCAGGUCCUGCAAUGCCGAAAUACCUCUGGUUUUCAUUCUCUACCUCUAAUCAACUGAGGUGAAUUAACCUACAGCAGCCAAUGUGAUAAUGGCUGGGGUCAUUUUUGCUGUUCUCCAAAUAGCAUUUAAACGUUUUUAAUUGUAUAGAAAUGCAGUAAAUGCGCUUCAACUAAAAAAAUGUCCAGGGGAGACCUCACUAUAACUCAAACCCUGGUUAUGGCCCUGCGCACAACGGAAAACAUUUUAAAAUGUGGAUAAAAAUGAAAUGAGUGUUAUUAGUUCCGGUAGUCUCUACCUAUUUCAGUGUGUUUUCUACCUUUUGGUAUCUAAAGAAUGGAAUGAGAGGACUCUCUGGCCAAUCAAUUAUACAUAUCAAUACAUCAACUAUCAGGUAGAAAAGAAAAUUAGCAGAACUUUUGGCCAUACCUGGAGUUGAAUAGCCUUGUUUUGAGUGGUUCUGAGGGUGAUAACAUCUCGGUUCAGAUGAAUAAACUAUUCACAUUUUGUUGUCAUAGUGGUUCCUCCUGGAGGACGUGACGAGUGGAGAGGUUCAUCUCAAACUGCAAUGGCUCUCUCUACAAACUGACCCGGGACUCCUAGUGGAGGUAAGCGCUCUUAAGCAGUUUAUAAGCACUCUUAAGCAGUUGAGCCGACUCACCCAAACCGUGAUGAGGAAGCUCUGAUAUGUCUUUUCAUACUGCACAGCCCGGGUCGCUAAAGGAAAACAACAAAUGUGCUUAUUAACCGUAUACAGCGUUUGACGAAUAUUGUGUAUUUCUUGUAUUUUUCUGUUGCAGACAUCUGAUGGCAGUGCUUGUGCUAUGCUUGCUGUGUACCUAGACAAUGCCUCAAAUCUACCAGUAAGUACCUCUGUCAAGCCUGUACAGCUACGGAGACUCACAUGUUAA